AUGACGGUGCCAAAGAGUGGAGGAAGUGGUGAGGAAGCAGUGGGCGGCGCUGGAGGGAGUGGCAGCUGGAAGAGUGUAGAGUUCCCCGUGGCUAUUGCAACGAAGAAUCACGCGCCGGGUCUGAAGUGGGCCACCGGAGCCGGCCCAAGAAGACCAGCUGAGGGGAGAAGGGGGGGGGGGGGGGCGCCAGGCCAGUUGCUGGGCCGGCCAAGGGUUAAAGCAAACCCAAGGCCCAGCCGGCCGCCAGCUAGGGUUUCCCUGGCCGCCACCACCCCCAGCCCAGCCGCCGCCACCACCCCCUCCAGAGGAGCCGCGUGCGCCGCCUCCACCCCCACUGCCGCCUCCCCCAUUCCCGCCUCCGGUCCAGCCGCCGCCGCCGCCGCUGUCGGUCAAGCCACCGCCACUGCGGCCGCCGUUGCCAUUGCAGUUGCGGCGGUUGUUGGUGCCGCCACCGCGGCCGCCAGAGGAGCCGCCGCCUCCAGUCCAGCCGCCGACACCACUCCCACCGUCGCGUGCGCUGCCACUGCCCCCACCUCUAGAGAGGCCGCCGCCACCGGAAGAGGCGUUGCCGCCGAGAGGGCAAGAGGAGCCAGAGGUGGCGCUUGCAACCAGCGCUGUCGCCGCGGCCACCUUGGCCGCGUUCGUGAUGCGCAGCUCCUUCAACAGGAGGGUGUUGCAUGCCGAUGUGAAGCUCAGGAGGACGUCCGUAGCUGCGAUGUUGUCGGCGGUGUUGGAGAAGUCGUCAUUGAGGCCUCGAAGAAGGUUGAGGACGAGUUGGGACUCAGAGACGGCGUGGCCGACAUCGCGAAGGGCGUCAGUGGCAGUCUUCAUCUUCUGGCAGUAGUCGACAAUGGAGGAAUCGCCUUGAAUCAUGGAGUGAAAUUGAUGGCUGAGAAAGAUCGCUCGAGGCUGUUUGUUGGCGUGGAACAUGUCCUCGAUGGCGACCCACAGCUCCCGAGUGGUCUAAUCUGGCUCCAGAGGUCGUGGAUGUCGUCGGCGACUGAUCCAAAGAUCCAGUUGCGGAUGUAACAGUCAGCCUGUUCCUAGGCUGGGUCGUUGGGACGUGGAGGGGCGGAGCCGUCGAUGUGAGCCAUCAACUCAAACUUGCCGCACAGGGAGGUGAAGAAGGCCUUCCAUUUGUUGUAGAUUGGGUGGGUGUUCUCCAGGGUGAUGGGGAAGUGGGAUUUGACGGCGACUGUGGCAUAGGGGUGGAGGAACUCACUGGUGGUGCUGGCAGAGGAAACACCACUGGAGCCUGAGGAGGUGGAGGAUUGAGUUGAUUCAGUCGACAUGGCCAGCACUCGCCGAGGAGGCAGCUGUGAUGACAGCGUGCUAGAGCAGCGGAAAAGAAGUGAUAAAUUUAUAGGCUCCUUGUGAAGGUCUUCCCAUACCAACAUUAAGUCCCCAACCAACAGAAGACUCCCUCAGACUGUGUACUUCCAUGGAUGUUUCAAAACAAAAGAAAGCAAUGAUAUGAAGAUGUCCAGCACAUGGUAACAAGCCAUACAAACUUCGAAAGUAUAGUAAGCAAUAGGCUUAUUACUUUUCUAAUCUGAGCUCUAAUUUGCCGCUACAACAUACCGCCAAUAUUAUAAGCCGUAUGCCGAAGGGGGGAGGGCAUGAUAUAAUAACAUAGAUAAUUUAAAGCACUAUCCUGACUUAAUUUGUUUCUUUGGUUUGGAAUUCGUCCCGGUUGAACAAUUGAACAGGUUCGAGUAUGAACAGCCCAGGCAGUACUUAGGUUUGUAUAUUGGGUAAUUUAACCAUCCUUAAAAAGAUACUUGAAGAUAUGUACCAUAUAUUUUAGUCUAAAAUUUGGUACCUAUAGGUACUAGGUAUCUCGAGACACCAAAAUUUUAGGGUACUACAGGUACGUCUCAAGGACCUAAAAAUUCUCGUGCAUAUCUUAAAGGCUGUUUUCAGAGAAACCUUUCUAGCUAUGUACGAAAAGCUGUAGCAUAAACCUUUCGAUCUCCAUCUCCUACAUGAUGAGUAGCUUCAAAUUUCAAGAGUACUGAAUUGGUGCUUUCUGGUAAUUGAAUGAACAUAUAUUUGUUUGAGCAACAAA